GCCCGCUUCCCUUUUUCUUCGUCAGUCGGGCGCGUCCCCGGCGCUCCUGGAGCCGCCUCCCCUUCUCCUCCGCCUCGACAGUCGGUGGCCAAGCCGGGGAAGGAGCGGCCUGGCGGAAGGGACACGCCUUAGCCGCCCUCCGUCCCUCCCUCAGCCGAAGCCGCCGCCGGAGCCUCCGCCGCCGUUGCCCCCCUUCUCCUCCGCCGCCCCCAUGUCGGCCCCGCUGAAGAAGGGCCCCGGCGGGCUGAUCGGGCUCAUGAAGGACGCCUUCCAGCCGCACCACCACCACCUCGGCCCCCACCAGCCCGGCACCGUGGACAAGAAGAUGGUCGAGAAAUGCUGGAAGCUCAUGGACAAGGUUGUGCGUUUGUGUCAGAAUCCCAAGUUGGCACUAAAAAACAGUCCACCCUACAUACUAGACCUGCUUCCUGACACUUAUCAGCAUCUGCGAACCAUCCUGUCACGCUAUGAGGGGAAGAUGGAUACUCUAGGAGAGAAUGAAUACUUCAGGGUGUUCAUGGAAAACCUGAUGAAAAAGACAAAACAGACCAUCAGCCUCUUUAAAGAAGGAAAAGAGAGAAUGUAUGAGGAGAAUUCCCAACCUAGGCGCAACCUUACAAAACUGUCCCUGAUCUUCAGCCAUAUGCUAGCAGAACUGAAAGGCAUUUUCCCAAGUGGACUCUUCCAGGGAGACACAUUCCGGAUCACAAAGGCAGAUGCAGCAGAGUUCUGGAGAAAAGCUUUUGGGGAAAAGACCAUUGUUCCAUGGAAGACCUUCCGUCAGGCCUUACAUGAAGUGCAUCCUAUAAGUUCAGGGCUGGAGGCAAUGGCACUGAAAUCUACUAUUGAUUUGACAUGCAAUGAUUACAUUUCAGUGUUUGAAUUUGAUAUCUUUACCCGCCUCUUUCAGCCAUGGUCAUCUUUGCUCAGGAACUGGAAUAGCCUUGCAGUGACUCACCCUGGUUACAUGGCAUUCCUGACGUAUGAUGAGGUCAAAGCACGGCUUCAGAAGUUCAUCCACAAACCUGGCAGUUACAUUUUCCGUCUGAGCUGCACGCGGCUUGGCCAGUGGGCCAUUGGUUAUGUCACUGCAGAUGGAAAUAUUCUCCAGACAAUCCCCCACAACAAACCCCUUUUUCAAGCACUGAUCGAUGGUUUCAGGGAAGGCUUUUACUUAUAUCCUGAUGGACGGAAUCAGAAUCCUGACCUGACCGGUUUGUGUGAGCCCACACCCCAGGAUCACAUUAAAGUUACGCAGGAACAGUAUGAAUUGUACUGUGAGAUGGGCUCCACCUUUCAACUCUGUAAAAUUUGUGCAGAAAAUGACAAGGAUGUGAAGAUAGAACCCUGUGGCCACCUCAUGUGCACUUCCUGCCUCACUUCCUGGCAGGAAUCAGAAGGCCAGGGUUGUCCGUUCUGCCGAUGUGAAAUUAAAGGCACAGAGCCCAUUGUCGUGGACCCGUUUGAUCCCAGAGGAGGGGGAGGCCUUCUGCGGCAAGGGGCCGAGGGGGCUCCCUCCCCAAACUAUGAUGACGACGAUGAUGACAGGGCUGAUGAAUCACUCUUCCUGAUGAAGGAACUGGCUGGCACAAAGGUAGAACGUCCUCCUUCUCCGUUUUCAAUGGCUCCUCAGGCAUCGCUCCCCCCAGUACCUCCCCGAUUAGACCUUCUACAGCAACGAGUGUCCAAUCCAUCAGGAGCUUCUAGUCCAGGGACCACCUGUAAGGCUGCACCCGGAUCCCUCCACAAGGACAAACCUUUGCCGAUCCCUCCGACGCAUCGAGAUCUCCCCCCUCCGCCACCUCCGGACAGGCCGCAUUCCCUUGGGCCCGAGAGUCGGCCUCAGAGGCGGCCUCUGCCCUGCACUCCAGGAGAUUGUCCUACCAGGGACAAGUUACCCCCUGUGCCUUGUAACCGCCAGGGGGACCUCUGGUCGUUGCGGCCAAUUCCAAAAGCUCCAGCUGUAGCCCUAAGCCCCAAUGAGCCUUGGGCAAGUCGGGAGUUGACGAACCGACAUUCACUUCCAUUCUCGCUGCCUUCUCAGAUGGAUACCAGAACUGAUGCUCACAGGCUCGGGAGCACUCUCAGCCUGGACACCCCGGCAAAUCAACCUGGCGGGGUCCCAACUGGCUCAGACAGUGAACAUUCUAAAAUAAAACCUUCUUCUUCUGCCAACGCCAUCUACUCUCUUGCUGUAAGACCGUUGCUUGUGCCAAAGCUACCACCCGGAGAGCACUCGGAGAAUGAUGAAGACACAGAGUACAUGUCGCCCUCGUCCUUGCCUCUUCUGCCCCCUGGCUCUGCUGGACAAAAACCAGAGGCCAAAUUGCCUUUGGAAAUGAGUCAAACCUCACAAAUGUUGGACUGUGACCAGGAAAUGGACGGGUGCACCUAUGAAGCAAUGUUCAACAUCCACUCCCAGGCAGCUCCUUCUGGCUCUGAGGCUACCAAUAUUCCUGAUGGAGGGGAUGUAGCUUCUGCCAAUGCCAGCAAUGGCCCCGAGGAGUCAGAGAACGAGGAAGAUGGUUAUGACGUGCCCAGGCCAGCCCUCCCGUUGACUCUGGCUCGCCGCACCCUCUCGGAUAUCUCCAAUGCAACCUCUGCCUUCGGCCGGACAUCUCUGGAUGGGGAAAUCUUAUCAGGUUUGUCUGAUGGCUCCCAGGUCCCAGAGCGGCCUCCGAAGCCUUUGCCCCGGAGGAUAAACUCUGAACGCAAAGCAGGCAGCUGCCUGCAAGCUGGUGGAGCGGGGCCGGCCCCUGCUCCCUCCCCACAGCUCUCCAGCGAGAUCGAGAACCUCAUGAGCCAAGGCUACUCAUAUCAGGACAUCCAGAAAGCCCUCGUCAUUGCCCAUAACAAUAUCGACAUGGCCAAAAAUAUUCUGCGGGAGUUUGUCUCCGUCUCCUCCCCUGCUCACCUAGCCACAUAGCACACAUCCCCUUGGCCCUGCCUGGGACACCCCUGUGCAUCCAACCUGCCUGGGCAGUCUCCUGCCCAGCUUCUACCUAGAGGAGGCAACGGGCUCCGCGAGAGACUUCCUGCAAAGGCAGGCUUGCCUCGACAGAGAGUAAUCGGUCAUCAGGGUUUCAUGCGAUUCCAGGUUUCCAAGCAAACGGAAUGAAACGGAGCAGAUAGGUGCGUCCUCUCCAGUCUGUGUGUCUUUUGGAGUCCCUCCCCUCUUGGCCCCUCCCUCCCGCACGUCCUCGUUGGAGGGGACGGUUGUGUUGCUUCGGAAAGACCUCUUGGUUCCUGUGCUGGUGGACAAGGGGGUGGGAGUGGAAGGGCGUUUGCUGGGGUGUCUUGUGUUGUGCUGUGAAUUAAAACGGGAUGCCAGUCUGUUGAACGGCGUCUCCACCUUUUUUGUGGCGUGCCCUCCUGUGGUUCAGGGUACUGAAUUUGGGCCUCUUUGCUGCUGUAUGUUUUGGCUCAGGCUUUUUAGACCACCUGCUACCGGGUACAGAGUCUCGACUAAGGAAGUGGUUUUGGUAGCUUCCUUCUGCUACAACACCCUCCCUCUCUCC